AUGGAUUGUGAUGAGGAAGAGUUCGUUGUAUGCGGUAAUGGUGGAAGCGCAGAGGAUAUCCAAUUUGACGAGCUAGUAGGCGUCGUCGAGAACUUUAUGGUUAAUUUUGAUCCCAACUCCGUUUUUAGUUCACUACCACCUUUUUCCUCAAUUCCAAAUGAGCAUGAAAAACAAAAAAUACACAGAGAUGUAAUUACUCGUGUGGAAUCAGACUUAGACGCUUAUGUAUUAGAAAAUUGUCAAGCUAUCGAGUCUAUGGAAGUGGCGGCAAACCUACUCUCAAACCGCAGGGAUGAAAUUGUAGAUGAAGUGUGGGAUUUUGUUAGCGAGGGCUGCUUUGACUACCUUACUUUUCUUAUAAUGUGGGAAAAAUACGAAAGAUUUGGACCGGAAAAGGAAGAUGGAAAUGUUGUAAACGGAAACUUUACCUUUUAA